ACCUUCGCCUCUCUCGGGCAAUCACUGGCGCUCAGGUGACAGUUCUGCGGGAAGAGAAGACUAGAGCUGGGAGAGAGGAGAGUCACCUAGAGACAGACUGACAGAGGGGGCGCUGCCCCUAGAUUCUGACUUGAUUGCUUCCCGCUGUUUGUCACCGCCGCCCUCACCCCACCAAUCUGUAGGGCUCUCCACCCCUCCCUAUACAUUGGCUCCAUGCCCCUCCCCCCUCCCCCUUUUCGCAUUGCGGGCCCGCCGGACUCCGACGCAGCCACCUCAGAACCCGACUUGACUCCCUGCCAAGCAGAAGAGUCCGACUCUGCCAAAGUCCCGCUUUUCCAAAUCUUUCGGUGGUCAACUCUCCUCCCCCUACCCUGGGCACCAAAGGCUUCCCCGCCCCUUCCUUGCCUUGCCCCCUUCCCUCUGCUCUUUCCCUUCCAGACGGAAAAGUAUCGCUGAGAUGCGACUGAUUCUGGGGUGGGCCUGAAGUGAUGGGUGCUGGGGUGAGAAGGGGGAGAAGGUGACGUCAGGGUGAGUGGGAAAGGAGGGGGAAGGAGGAGAAGAGAAGAGAGAAAAGGGAUAGAGCGGAGGAAAGGGGAGGGGAAAAGGAGAGGAGAGGAGGUGGGGAGGGACGGGAGAAGAGAGGGAAGGAAGGAGGGGGUUGUGUAGGGAAGGCGGUAGCUGCUGCAGAGAAUUAGGGUCCAACUCGGGAUCCGAAGGCUGCAUGAUGAGGUGAGAUAAGAACUGCUGAUGGAGGAAGAGAGAAAUUGAAAAGUGGAAGCAGUAUCGUGAAGGCUCCAGAGAAAGGGGAGCAGGAAGGAGAAAUGGGGAAUGAGGAAGACAGCAUGGAGUAAGGUCCAAGGAGGUGGAAUCUGAGAUUGCAGAGGAGAAAGCUGGUGAGGGGUGAGGAGGGAAAAGGCUUGGUGAAUGCCUGGAGCCUUUUGACUGGAUUUCCCCAUCCCAUUUCCACCAUGUCCCCUUGGCCCCUACCCCUGGCCUGCCCAGCCCUCACUUUGAUCCUUGGGGCCCUUACUUCCCUUUUCCUCUGGUACUGUUAUCGACUGGGUUCCCAGGAUACCCUAAUCUCUGGGACUGGGGGUACUGGCAGAGGGGGUGUUGGAGUUGGUAGGGGUGUUGAGUCUGGAUGUCAAGGCCCAGGGGCCACCAGAGAGCCUGGUGAAGGGCCUGGGGCAGAAGGCCUUGUGAGUCGGAGGCUUCGGGCCUAUGCCCGGCGUUACUCCUGGGCUGGGAUGGGGCGGGUGAGGCGGGCAGCUCAGGGCAGCAGCAGCCUUAGUGGAGGGCCAGGGAUCCAACGCCCAGCUCUGCUCUUUUUGCCCGACCUUCCUUCUGCUCCAUUUGUGCCCCGGGAUGCUCAGCGACAUGAUGUGGAACUCCUAGAGAGCAGUUUCCCUGCCAUCCUUCGGGACUUUGGAACUGUGAGCUGGGAUUUCUCAGGGACAUCUUCUCCACCUCGGGGAUGGUCUCCUCCUUUGGCCCCUGGGUGCCAUCAGUUCCUACUCUACAGAGCUGGUCGGUGCCAGCCAAAUAACUGUCGACGUUGCCCAGGGGCAUAUCGGGCUCUUAGAGGGCUGAGAAGUUUUGUGAGUGCCAAUUCUUUUGGCAAUGCUGGGUUUUCUGUUCUACUGCCUGGAGCCAGACUUGAGGGGCGCUGUGGACCCACCAAUGCUCGGGUUCGUUGUCACCUAGGGCUGAAGAUUCCCCCUGGCUGUGAGUUAGUUGUUGGGGGUGAACCCCAGUGCUGGUCUGAGGGACAUUGCCUACUUGUGGAUGAUUCUUUCCUGCACACGGCAGCUCAUAAUGGCUCUGCAGAAGAUGGACCUCGGGUAGUCUUCAUUGUUGACCUUUGGCAUCCCAAUGUAGCAGGGGCAGAGCGACAAGCUCUUGAUUUUGUUUUUGCACCUGACCCAUGAAGGGAAAUUUGAUGUUCCAAUAUCCCCCCAGAAAGAGUCUCAAUCUCCUCCCUAGGAACCAGACAAAUUGGACUUGGGCUGCUUGGUAUGACAUAGUUUGGCUCUCACCUCUGGUGCUGCUACAGGGCACACAGAAGUGAGAAGUUGGCAUAUCCAAAAACUGAAAUACAAAUUUACAAUUCUCUUUAAAA